AUGUCAGAAGACGAAGGACGAAGACUGUCAACCGACAAACUCGAUCGACCCAAGCAUCUCAAGCGACUCCUCGAUGGGUAUAGCCUAGCAUUCGUCCGAGCCUAUCUGAUUGGAUAUGGGAUCGAGGUGAUCCCGUUGGUCGUCCGAUUGCUGAUCAUCAAGCUGAUCGGCUUCACCCGCCGGAGGCUGCCGACCGGUAUGCUCUUGAUGGGACUGUUCCCGAGGAUCAUCAACCUGCUUCUCAAGGGUCUGCGGCCGACCGGCCUGGCGAUGGCCAGUGGAGUGGCGAUCGGUGGCGCACGCCUGGCCGAAGGUCUGGUCCGGAAACAAAUCCAAGCGAUCGUCCGGCUUCUCAGAGCUUCGUCGAUCCGCCAAAGGUUCAGCCGACUCGUGCGUCCAUCAUCAACAGGCCAGGCCGAUGUCUCCCGUCGGCCCUCCAAGCUCGAACACACCGUCGUGGCCCUCCUCUCCACCUUCUCUGCCGCCUCUCUCUCCUCCUUGCUGGCGAUCACCAUCCUACAGUCCAAGCACACCAGUGCCCUCAUGGCACAAGAUCCACUGCAUCCCACGAUGACGCCCUAUCCGACGCUGAACAGCCAGCCGAGCAGCAAGCAGCCCUCUACAACAAAUGUUUCCCGGGCCCAACGACAAUCACCGACGCUUGACUUUACGCUCUUCUUCACCGUCCGGGCACUCGACACACUUUGCCGGUCGCUUUUCGACAACUUCUCGCCGGCCUGGCUAGGCUUCUUGAGCCGAUGUUCAGACACGAUUCUCUUUCAACUCUGUUGCUGGAGGAUCAUGUGGUGUUGGUUCUAUACGCCCUGGCGGCUGCCGAUGAGCUACGUCAAAUGGAUCACCACGCUUGCCGAAAUGGACCCACGCUUACUCCAGCUGAUCCGAUUGGCGAAGGCCAAAAAGUUCUUCUACCGCUCCCCAGCUCAAUCCGACCAGAUCUUGAAACUCGGCCAGGAGAUCGCUGCUCAUAUGGGAAGACCUCCCGAAGAAGGCGACCCGCUCUUGAUCGAUAAACUCUCAUGUGGUAUCGUUCAUGGUAGAUUGGGUAACUCCGAAAGUUGUACCAUUAACGUCCUCAGAAGAUUCCUUAAAGCUUGGAAAACUAGUCUGGGCAUUUACCUUCCCGUAUGUUCCUGA